AUGACGACCAUUUUUCGGAAAAUUCGAGGGAAGCGCAAGCUUUCUAGCGAACUAGACUCACGAUGGGGUGAUGUCUCCAUCUCCUCCCCCAACGAGGGGUCUUGGAGUCAAGGCUUUCAGCCAUUGGGCUCCACUGUCAACACACAAGCGAGAAGCCCCUCAGAGCAAGGGCAACGGCCUAGCUCUAUGAAUUCGCUUGGACGGCGCAGUUCUUCAUCCCACAGAGCAACGAAACCAAGUCCGUCGAGUGCCGCUUCAGUGGAUUCGAUGCCAACGGGCCACUACAACGCCAACAUACAAAGCCGGCCCCGAACGUCACACAGAAAAUCACCAGGAACAGGCCUUGGUAUCGGCAUGCUCCAAAAUGGUUACAGUGCUUGGGUUGAUGCCAGUAGCGAUGACAUGUCGUCGGACGAUGAAGGCAGAGACGGCGUCGUACGAACCGGGCGAUACCUGACCGUGGGUACGGAAGAAACAGACUACACUCGAGCAUCCAAAUCACCACCUUUGUCAGUCACAUCUCGCAUGCGGCGCAACAGUUACCAGAGCACGAUAGAGCCCAGCCCUUUCAUACCAAGGACAACGAGUUUGAGGCAUGCGAGCUUCACUUCUUCUGCUCCAACAACAUCACCCGAAAAUUCGCGGAUAGGGUAUGGGCACCGUCAUCCUCCAUAUCCAAAAAGGAACCAUGUGCGUCACCCAAAUCCUUUGGAGCUUGAAGCGGCUAGAGGACCGGAGCUGGUCCCGUCGUACGAUGAGUUGUAUGGAUAA